AUGUGCAAGAGAAGAUCACAGAAGAACAAGGCGGCCGGAGCGGCGGAGCGACUUUUCAACAUCAAAGGAGCCAAAUCGAGGCUCGACCCAUUGAAAUUCGCUCUUGCCUUCAUCGCAUUCGGAGCUUUCUUCACCCUUUUAUUUGUUUCUCAUUUAUAUACACUCCAAAUCCAUAAACGUGUCAGGUGGAUUUGGGGCGGAGCGAAUCCCAACUACAAAUCCGAUCUAGAACUAAAUUGGAGCGAAAUAUCACAUGUUCUUCAAUCAAUCCCAAUUCGCGAAAUCAAACGUAUCGGUAUCCUAAAUUUCAACAAAUCGGAGAUUGGAUUAUUGAAACAACUCAUACCCAAUUCAGAACACAUCCCUCUUCGAUUGAAUCACGCGAAAAACAUCACAUGGAACGACUUAUACCCGGAAUGGAUCGACGAAGAACAAGAAGAUCAAAUCCCCAACUGCCCAUCUCUUCCGAAAAUACACAUCCCCAACAAAUCAUUAGACUUAAUAAUAACAAAGCUUCCUUGCAUUGCCGAGAAGAAUUGGUCAAGAGACAUCGCCCGAUUACACCUCCAACUCGCAACCGCCGACAUCUUAACCAAGAAGAAAACAUCCCACGUUUUGUUUGUUACCAAAUGUUUUCCCAUUCCAAAUCUCUUCACUUGCAAGGAAUUAAUCACUCACAAGGGAAACUCUUGGCUAUAUAAGCCGAAAAUUGAAAUCUUAAAUGAGAAACUCCGACUUCCAAUAGGCUCAUGUGAGCUUUCUCAAAAGGAUUAUGCAGAGAUUUCUAUGGGUAAUCGUCGAGAAGCAUACGCGACGAUAUUGCAUUCGGCAGAUGUUUAUGUGUGUGGAGCUAUUGCAGCUGCGCAGAGUAUUCGACAAGUGGGUUCCCAACGAGACCUUGUGAUUCUCGUGGAUGAGACGAUUAGUGAGUAUCAUAAGAGUGGGUUAAUGGCUGCGGGAUGGAAAGUAAGAACGAUAGAGAGGAUACGAAAUCCGAAAGCGGAAAAGGAUGCGUAUAAUGAGUGGAAUUAUAGUAAAUUUAGACUGUGGCAGUUGACUGAUUAUGAUAAGAUAAUAUUCAUUGAUGCGGAUUUACUUAUCUUGAGAAAUAUUGAUUUUCUGUUUUCCAUGCCGGAGAUUUCUGCUACGGGGAAUAAUGGGACGUUGUUCAAUUCCGGCGUGAUGGUGAUUGAGCCGUCGAACUGCACCUUUCGACUUUUGAUGGAUCACAUUAACGAGAUUGAAUCGUAUAAUGGCGGCGAUCAGGGUUACUUGAACGAGGUAUUCACUUGGUGGCAUAGAAUUCCGAAGCACAUGAACUUUCUAAAGAAUUUCUGGGUUGGAGAUAGCAACGAAGUGAAAGAGAAGAAAACGAAGCUGUUUGGUGCAGAUCCUCCGAUUCUUUAUGUUCUCCAUUAUCUGGGAAUGAAGCCAUGGCUAUGUUACAAGGACUACGAUUGCAACUGGAAUUCGAAGAUAAUGCAGGAAUUCGCGAGCGAUGAGGCGCAUUGGAAAUGGUGGAAGGUUCACGACGCGAUGCCGAGGCGGUUACAGGGGUUCUGUUUGUUGAGAUCAAAACAGAAGGCACAGAUGGAGUGGGAUCGGCUUCAGGCGGAGAAGGAAAGUUAUGAGGAUGGACAUUGGAAGAAGAGGAAUGUGAAGGAUCCCAGAUCGGAAAUUUGUAUUGAUAAUUUGUGCGAUUGGAAGGAGAUGUUGAAACAUUGGGGAGAGAACAAUUGGACGGAUAGUGACUUCUUUACGCCGUCUCCUCCGGUGAUUACGAUCAAAUCCCUUGUUUCGGUUGAGUGAUUUAGAUCUAUGUAAAAGUAGAGAGAAAGAGAUUUGCAUUUACAGAAUCUGGUUUUUGGUUUGUGUAGCAACUUCAUUGUCGAAUGUUUAAUAACUGCUUUCAUUUUGCAGAGAUGAAAUCUAGCUAUUUAGGCUACUUCUCACUUCUUUCUUUAUUUUUUUAUUAUAAUUUUUAAUUAAGAAAGACUCAAUUUCUA